CCCCGACACAACCGCACCGGACACACAGACACACACACGCACACACACGCACACACACAAAGACACCCACGGACACACACAAACACACCGAGAGAGGCCAAGCACGCGGGUUUUUUUUCCCGGAUCCCCGGUCAAUGUAGGCGCCGCCGAUCCCGCGCACCGCACGCCGCCAUGAAGGGAGGGAAACGAGACAGACGGGACCGCAACGGGGUGACGGACCUGGGGUUCGUCAACGGGGGCGACCGCCGAGACCCCCACUCCGACUUCCAAGACGCGCCCUCGCCCCCCGUCCUGGAAGCCAUCGGUGGUCCUGACGUCAGAGCGCCCACUCACCUCGAAGACGGCCCAAGCGGCGGGAGCAGAAGGCUGAGGAGGGGGCAGGCCCACAGAGACUCUUCCUGGGCCCUUGGCUACUCGGACGGGGACCUGGUGGAGGACAGGGAGAUGUCGGAGCUGGACGUGAUGCCCAAACUGUUCAGGGAAGCCAAACUGCGGUCUGAAAACCCAGCCGUGAGACCCCGAGGGUCCGCAGGGAGGGAGAGCAGUCUGAGGCAAAGACCCUCCUCGCGCGUGUUCUUUCAGGCCGGGCCCGCAGUCCACGGCAGGAGACGCAGAGCGGGCAUCAGUCCGGAGACCCCCAAGGACCCCCCGCCCAUCCGGGUGACGAGGAGGCGGGCGGCGGGGGCGGUCCAGGUUCCGGCCGGGAGCAGCUGCCCCCUCAUCGACCUCACGGAGGAGGACGAAGAGCCGAAGGUGUCCUCGCUCCGCAGCGCAGACGGAAAGACUCAGGAGCCCGGGAGCCGGGAGCCGGCCGAUCCAGGGGAAUACCAGGAUGGGAAGGAAUUUGGAAUCGGCGAGCUGGUCUGGGGGAAAAUCAAGGGGUUUUCCUGGUGGCCCGCCAUCAUCGUGUCCUGGAAGUUGACGUCCAAACGGCAGGCCAUCUCCGGGAUGCGGUGGGUUCAGUGGUUUGGCGAUGGGAAAUUCUCCGAGGUUUCGGCGGACAAGCUGGUGGGACUCGCGGCCUUCAGUCAGCACUUCAACGCAGCCACUUUCAACAAGCUGGUGUCUUACCGCAAGGCCAUGUUCUACGCCCUGGAGGUGGCGAGGAACCGUGCCGGGAAAACCUUUCCCGGCAGCGCCGGGGAUUCCCUGGAAAACCGGCUGAAGCCGAUGGUGGAUUGGGCCCACGGGGGCUUCCAGCCCAUGGGCUUCGAGGGGCUGAGACCCCCCAAGACCUCAGAGAACAGAGCGCACAAGUCCCGCCAUGCCGACUCGGCCGUCGUGGAGUCCUGCCCCCCGAGCAAGAGGCUCAAGACCAACCUGUGUAACAACGGCAAGGAGCGCGCCGAAGAGGAUCGGAGCCGAGAACAAAUGGUGUCCGACGUGACCAACAACAAGAAGUGCCUCGAAGACAGCUGCCUGUCAUGUGGUAGGAAGAAUUCAGCUACGUUCCACCCGCUCUUUGAGGGGGGCCUCUGCCAGACCUGCAAGGACCGCUUCCUGGAGUUGUUCUACAUGUACGACGACGACGGCUACCAGUCGUACUGCACCGUCUGCUGCGAGGGGCGGGAGCUGUUGCUCUGUAGCAAUACCAGCUGCUGUAGGUGCUUCUGCGUGGAGUGCCUGGAGGUGCUCGUGGGGCCGGGCACGUCGGCCAACGCCAAGGAGCAGGAGCCGUGGAGCUGUUACAUGUGCCAACCCCAGCGCAGCCACGGGGCCCUGCAGCGGCGCCAUGACUGGAACCGGCGGCUCCAGGACUUCUUCACCAACGACAAGGGCCAGGAAUACGAGGCGCCUAAGAUUUACCCAGCGGUCCCUGCGGAACGGAGGCGGCCAAUCAGAGUGCUCUCCCUGUUUGACGGCAUAGCGACAGGUUAUCUGGUCCUCAAGGACCUGGGCAUCAAGGUGGAUAAGUACGUGGCCUCGGAGAUCUGCGAAGACUCCAUCGCCCUGGGCACCGUCCGGCACGAGGGGAACAUCGAAUACGUCCACGACGUCCGGAAUAUCACCAAGAGACACAUCGACGAGUGGGGCCCCUUCGACCUGGUGAUCGGCGGAAGUCCCUGCAACGACCUCUCCAACGUGAAUCCCGCCAGGAAGGGUCUGUAUGAGGGUACUGGACGCCUUUUCUUUGAGUUUUAUCACCUCCUCAACUACGCCCGUCCCAAGGCCGGAGAGAAGAGACCCUUCUUCUGGAUGUUUGAGAACGUCGUGGCCAUGAGGGUGAACGACAAGAGGGACAUCUCCAGGUUUUUAGAGUGCAAUCCGGUCAUGGUGGACGCCAUCAAGGUGUCAGCAGCCCACCGCGCUCGCUACUUUUGGGGCAACCUGCCCGGGAUGGACAGGCCGCUGGUAGCUUCAAAGACCGAUAAACUUGAGCUUCAGGACUGCCUGGAGUUCAAUAGGAUAGCCAAGUUGAGGAAAGUGCGAACUAUUACGACCAAGUCCAACUCAAUCAAACAGGGGAAAAGUCAGCAGCUCCCCGUUAUCAUGAACGGUAAAGAAGACAUUUUGUGGUGCAGUGAGUUAGAAAGGAUCUUUGGCUUCCCCGUGCAUUACACAGACGUGUCCAACAUGGGCAGGGGGGCUCGGCAGAAGCUGCUGGGAAAGUCCUGGAGCGUUCCCGUGAUCAGGCACCUGUUCGCGCCCCUCAAGGAUUACUUCGCCUGUGAAUAGCCCA